AUGGCGGCGUGCGUGCCCUCUGUGGGGCUUGGAAGCAGCUUUCAUCUGUCCCUCGGUCGAACUUCCAGAAGUUCAGGCUCCACGAGCACCGAUGGAGCUCGGCGGCACGGCGCACUCAGAAGAGCUACAAUUGUGCCCUCAGCGGGCUCACUCAAUGGUGCAGCUUCUAGCUCUUUCAAGAAAGCCCCGCAACUGCCUGAAGGGGAGCAUCAUCCGGGUCUAAGGAACACUGGAAACACUUGCUACUUCAACAGUGUGCUUCAAAGCUUGGCCUCGGUCCCUGUAUUGGGUGACUGGUUGGAGCACUUGGAGAACGAGGCCGAAAGAUGGGACGUGCCUACACCGGUUGCUGAUGCGCUCAAGGAACUCAUUGCGGAGCUCAACACUCCCUUGAAACAAAGGCGAGCUCUUCUACCCGAUCAGCUCACCUCGGCUCUUCAGUCGGCGCCUGACUCGAUGGCCGUCCGAGCACUUGUAGGCGCGCACGCUCAGCAGGAUGCGCACGAAUUGUUCGUUCUGCUCCUGUCUGCUCUUUCGGACGAGGCCAAGUCAAUAGAGCAAGAACAAGCAGUCCAAAUUCAGGAUCGUACGAGAGGCUUGAAAGGUCUCAUGGCACCUACUCUCAGAGCGUUCGCUUCGGGUCAACACAACGGUCAUGCGACAGGCUUGAUCCGAGAAGAGGCAGAAGCAGGACCAUCUCAGCCCAACCCCUUUCAGGGGCUGGCUGCUCAAAGGACUGCGUGCUACACAUGCGGAUACGUCGAGGCAGUCAGGCACACGACGUUCGAAGAACUCAACUUGACCGUACCCACGUAUCGCGCCUGCAACUUGAGAGACUGUCUAGCUAAUUGGACAGAGAUUGAACACGUCGACUGGAUCUGCUGGCGAUGCACACUGCGCGCUACCAAAUUCAGGCUGGCGGAAGAAGUUGCCAAGCUGGAAGCUGUUGCAGAGAGCAGCAGAGCCGGAAAAAAGGCGCCCAUGAAUGCAGCAAAAAAGAGGAGGCUCAAAGAAGCGAAGAAGCAGGCGGCUCGAGUGGAGAGCGCAAUACUCUGUGGAGAGCACGAAGAUGAGUUCUUGGACCCGUCGAUGGGCACUGAACCGCAAGCAGCCACGAGCUCGGGUGCAGAGAUCAGACUCGAGCGGACCAUGUCGAGAGCUGCUACGAAGCAAGUCAUGCUAGCCCGUCCACCUCCUGUGCUAGCCAUACAUCUCAACCGCUCUAGCUACUCGGCAUCUUCCUUCGGGGCGAGCAAGAAUGAUGCUCUGGUGCGCUUCCCCGAAUAUCUUGAUGUGGGCGAUUUCACCACGGGAGGCAAGCUGAGCGUCCAAGCCGACGAGCCCAUUUCGGAACAGGCUUACGAAGCGCCGAGGACAGUGUACAGACUGGAAUCGCUAGUUGUUCACUACGGCGGUCAUUCGUUCGGGCACUACGUCUCUUAUCGACGACGCCCAAGGCGAAAUACCAUGAGUUCUGCUUCAAGGCUAGACGCAGAGACUGCUUCCUGGUCUUCCUCUCAGCACUCUUCGGAUGAUCUGGAAUGGCUCCGAAUAUCAGAUUCCUCGGUGGAAGCUUGUCAUCUGAACGAAGCGCUCUCCCAGAAUCCCUUUUUGCUCUUCUAUCAGCGCGUCGACUCGUCCGGGUCGCCGAGGACGAGUGGAUCCGGCAAUCCGUCCAUAGAUUCAAAUCGUAUUGGCGGAGAGUACUGGAGAGCGCCUACGGGCUUCGAGACUCUUAAAGGAACACAGCUGGACAGGUACAGAAGAGCUCUCUCCCCUAGGAUCGUGCACAAUUGGAGCUCCACGGCAUCUCCUGUCUCUUCGCCGCUCGCCACUCUGGCUCCUAGCGGCACAGACGGGUCAUCAAGCUCCAAGCCGAGUCGAGAUGGCACACAGAGGAGCAAGGUGCAAGGAAACGGCUCCGUCAAAACUGCCUCGGAGGAAAUGUCGCAUGGCUCCUCAGGAUCUGCUACUCUCGCUUGA